GCAGUGCAGGGCGCUCCUGUAUCCUUUUUCGCUCCAGGCAAAGUGCCCCAAGAAACUACAGGAGAGAUCACCACUUGGCCGUUUCAUCCACUGUGGGAACGAUAAGAACUGGAGCACCUGUUGGCCCCCGAUCUGUAAAAACUGUGAGGGAGUUUGUGCCUGAAAGGCAACGCUCAUUCAGAGCCAUGCGACCGUUCCUCCGCCGACGUCUGUCCCCGCUGAAACUGGCACUACUUGGGGGAACUGUGUUUAUGGUGGUCCUGGUGGUUCUCCAGAGGGACGUGGGCUCUACACCUGCUGGAGACCCCUGGUUCCAGGAGCUGGUGGACAAGAAGGACCAGGUUAUGGUCAUGGUGCGUGGUGCUGUCAACAAUUUGGGCUUCCAGAUCGGGGCCCCGCAGCCCCCGCCGGUAGAAGAGCAGCCCACCCAGGACAUCCGCUGCCCCUCGGGCUUCUAUAGCCAGGCUGAGCUCAAGCCUGUCCUGGAAAGACCCCCUCAAGACUCCCUGAGCCCAGGUGCUGAUGGAAAGGCCUUCCAAAAAGAUCAGAUGAACCCAGAGGAGGAGAAGGAGAAACAAGAGGGCAUGAAAAGGCACUGUUUCAACCAGUUUGCCAGUGACCGCAUCUCACUUAGUCGUAGCCUUGGAGAAGACACCAGGCCUCCAGAGUGUGUGGAGCGCAAGUUCCGUCGCUGCCCUCCUCUGCCCACCACCAGUGUAAUCAUUGUUUUUCACAACGAGGCAUGGUCAACCCUCAUUAGAACAGUCCACAGCGUCCUGCACACCUCUCCCGCUGCCCUGCUCACAGAGGUCAUCUUGGUGGAUGAUGCCAGUACUGCAGACCACCUGAAAAGCCGUCUGGAGGAAUAUGUGCGUCAACUGAAGAUUGUCCAUGUGGUGAGACAGCCGGAGAGGAAGGGCCUGAUCACAGCCAGGCUGUUGGGGGCGAGUGUGGCCCAAGGAGAGGUGCUCACCUUCCUGGAUGCACACUGUGAGUGUUUCCAUGGUUGGUUGGAGCCCCUGCUGGCUCGUAUCGUGGAGGAGCCUACUGCCGUGGUCAGUCCAGAGAUCACCACUAUUGACCUUAACAGCUUCCAAUUCAACAAGCCUGUGGCCACCUCGCGUGCCUUCAACCGAGGGAACUUUGAUUGGAGCCUUACAUUUGGAUGGGAGGCCAUCCCUGAAUACGAGAAGAGCAAACGGAAGGAUGAAACCUACCCUGUCAAAACACCUACUUUUGCUGGUGGUCUCUUCUCCAUCUCUAAGAAGUACUUUGAACACAUCGGGACCUAUGAUGAGCAGAUGGAGAUCUGGGGUGGUGAGAAUGUGGAGAUGUCAUUUAGGGUAUGGCAGUGUGGGGGCCAGUUGGAGAUUAUUCCUUGCUCUGUGGUGGGCCAUGUCUUCCGCACAAAGAGCCCUCACACCUUCCCCAAAGGCACGGAGGUCAUCACCCGGAACCAAGUGCGUCUAGCUGAAGUCUGGAUGGAUGACUACAAGAAGAUCUUCUACCGUCGCAACAAGAAUGCUGCCAAAAUGGCCAGUGAGCACCAGUAUGGAGACAUCUCAGAUCGUGUAAACCUGAGAGAGAGGCUCCACUGCAAGAACUUUACCUGGUAUCUCAACACUGUAUAUCCAGAGGUCUUUGUUCCAGACUUGACCCCCGAAAAAUUUGGAGCGAUUAAGAACUCAGGAUCACAGACCUGCCUUGAUGUGGGUGAGAACAACCAGGGAGGCAAACCUAUGAUCAUGUAUCCAUGUCACAACAUGGGAGGCAACCAGUACUUUGAGUACACAUCUCAUAAGGAGCUGCGUCACAACAUAGCAAAAGAGUUGUGUCUCCACGCGCACCUUCAACCGGAGCAAGUGAAGGUUGAGCAAUGCCAGCUGGCGGGAAAGGGCUCCAGUUUGGGACCUCAACAGGAAUGGGUCUUUACAGAGGAACAUCUGCUGAAGAACCCAAGCAGCGGAAAGUGUCUACAGCUCAAAGUAGACAAAAUUCAGAUGGACCACUGUAAUGCUGCUGACCUCAGCCAGCACUGGACCUUCAGUUGACCUCCUUGUCGGCCCACCAAUGGACCUAUGGCUCUCUGCGUCCCCAUCCUCAGACUUGGGUCAAAAGGAGCAGCUCCGCUUUCAGCCCAUAGGACUGCAUGGAGUCAAGUUUGGGGCCUUUGGCUAGCCUGACUAGACUAUUGAAGAUGGAGCAGAAUGUCAGUCUGUGUGUAGAUGCUCAGGGAGACUUCUGACUGGCUUUUAACCUAUUUAUAAUGCAAACUCAGGACAUAUGUUUGGAGGUGGUUGGGGGGGGUUGUGAGGAGUAUUUGAACUUCAAAGCCAGCAGUGGCAGUAAGAUAACUGAACUCUGUUCAGAACUGCUAUGACCUCAAAUCCACGCCUUGUACACUCCAGAUUUUAGAUUUAUACUUUACUGUCACUUUUAUCUGAAAAGGCAUUUUGAACUUUGUGUUGCAGUGACAUUACAAAUGUACCGCCAAAAGGAAAGCUCUCAUUUUUUAAUAAAAAACAA